AUGGCUACCACCGCGCCGCUCAGCGCAAAAUCCAAGCUCGUCGGCCCCAGCGCCUCCCUGAAAAUCACCCCGUGCAAUUCGCCCACUCUCCGGCCAGGAACCCGCUCCCCAAGCAAAUCCUCCCACCAGUCGACCCUUUCUCUCCAGACGGUGCUGGGAACAACCACCGCAACCCCCAAUGGCUUCUCCAGUCACGACCAGAGCAAAAGUUUUGCGCUGUGCGCUGGUUCCGCCGCAGUGCUCGCCGAGCUUGAUGGCGACGCCAACAUCUGCCAGCGCUUCUUUCGGGCUCGACCUUCGGCCACAAGCCUGAACCCGACCACUUCCUUUUACCAAUCCACCCCCCUGCGACCCCCGAUCCCCGAUCGCGCCGCGGACAAUGGGAGCCCUCGCGCAUGGUCGUCCAGAGAAAGGAUCAAAGCUGUCACCAGCGUCUCAAUUAGCCCCAAUGGCCGGUUCCUAGCGGUGGGCGAGACCGGAUACAAUCCUCGCGUGCUCAUCUUUUCUACCGCCCGAGACGCGUUGCCCGAUGUCCCUCUGUCCAUUCUCUGCGAGCACACUUUCGGCGUCUGCAGUCUGGCGUUCAGUCCCGAUUCGCAGUAUCUGGCAACACUGGGCAACCCGAACGAUGGGUUUCUGUUUAUAUGGGCCAUCAAUUUGAAGAACGGAUCGGCGAAGCUACAUUCGACCAAUAAAUGCACGUCCUUUGUCCGUGACAUGUGCUGGGUGGGCCCAUCCUUGGUCACGGCUGGUGUACGCCAUGUGAAAGUAUGGAGACUUCCGACAGCACGGCCGGUCUCUCCUACAAAAUCUAGGUUGAAUGUAGACGGGGCGGGUCCUUCGCCAAACCCGGCGCCAAAGGCACUAUCCGGAAGGAAUUGUCUCCUAGGGCCGCUGAACGACCAUACCUUCAGCUGUCUCAGUAGUAUUUCUGACCAAGAGGCCGUGAUCGCUUCCGAAUCAGGGGCCGUCUGUCUCCUCGAUGAUCGUGAGGGGACCCAGAAACUGUCGGUGGUCAUGCAGGUGGGCUUCGCUGUCACGUCCCUGGCCGUGGAUUUCGAUCGAGAAUCGAUAUGGCUGGGUGGCCGCGGGAGGAGGAUGCAGCGGUUAUCAUUCGAAUUUCUGCGAACAUCCUCCCUGUCCCACCCCUUGUUACCCGCGAGGUUGGACAGACUGGUGGUCAACAAGAAAAGCAAGGCACCUGCCAUUACUUGCAUGGGCUCGCUCUCCUCACACUUGGUCACCGUAGAAGCAACGAAGGAGAUCCACAUCUAUCCUAUCGAGUCUUUGCCUGAUGAGGGUGAGCACGAGCAUGGGGAGACUUCCAUGCCAGCGCACCGAGAUCCGGUUCUUGGCAUUCGUCCUUUGAAGGCGCCUAAUAGGUUUUCCGCCAAUUUCUUCUCGUGGUCUCGCAAUGGCUCGGUGCUUUUCUGGGAUGCCCAGGGUAAGUGCCUUCAUUCGAAGAAGGUGGCACUCGAGCAAAGCGCAGCAGUCGAGGAGGAUGUUUCCAAUGAGUUGAAGGCUCUGAGAGCUGCGGAAAACGCGGAUUGGUUUGUUGCAGGUGAUAAAUUCGGUGUUUUGAGGGUUCUCUCCGGCGAGAAUUGGAAUUGCAUUGACGAAGCUCGUGCUCAUGGAGGAGAGAUCACGGACCUUGCCCUCCAUAAAACUGACAAUUCUUCGUGGCUGGUAGCCAGUUCUGGUCGCGACCGCAUGGUCCAGCUGUUCGAGAAAACCGAGUCGACAUUGCAGCUGGUGCAAACUAUGGAUGACCAUGUUGGCGCCGUAGGACAAAUCAUGUUUAUGAAUGAUGGCAAGAAAUUACUAUCAAGCUCCGCAGAUCGCACCAUCCUGAUCCGGGAGCGUGCGACUCGAGAGGAAGACGGCGCAACCUCAAUUGCCUAUCUUAUCACGAAAGUUAUCACUAUGAAGACAUCUCCAGUGUCCAUGGCCCUCUGUCCCGAUGAAUCCAACCUGCUGUUUGUCUCCACCAUGGACCGCUCUAUCUCCAAGUUUGAUAUUCCAUCAGGACGGCAACUCCACUGCUUCCGUGCAACUGACAGCGAAACAAAUGAUGCAGUGAUCAUGAGCUCGUUGACAGUUACUUCCGAGAUUCCGGGACAUUGCCCCAAGCUCUUGAUUGGCGUGUCUAGCACCGACAAAUCUAUCCGAGUUUAUGACCUGGAAAAAGAUCAGUUGCUCACGGGAGAGUUCGGUCACACAGAGGGUGUGAGCGAUGCGCUGCUCUUUGAAGAGUGCGAAAUUCCCGACGAUGGCCCAGUCACGAAGCGGAGUCUGAUCUCAGCCGGCAUGGAUGGUAUCCUAAUGAUCUGGACUCUCUGCGUGCAACCGCAUCUACCUCCAGAGCUCAUUCAAAAUGGACGAGAUGACGAAGGUCCUACCAAAGAAUUGACUGCAGCCAAGCCUCCUCUCCGGAAGGUCCUCUCACGGAGUGAGCUAGCUGGCUUCCAGCGACCGGACAACCCUAGUCCCCUAACGCCGACUCCCGUCCGUGAAUUUUCUCCAACCCUGACAAGGAAGAUGUCCAAACUGGCUUUGACCCCGUCCACUCUGAAGAAAAACUCUCUCGCUGAAACACCAUCUCCGCCGAACCGUCGCUCUCCCACAUGCUUCACACCAACAGACAACGCUCGCAGGUCCCCGUCUCCAGUGAGCCCUAAGACAAAAUCUUACUCUUCUAUGGCAAAGAAGCCCAACAGUGCAAAGGGCACCAGUCGUCGCACCUCGAUGGACUUCCGCUCACGCGCGAAAGGAUCCAGCCGGAGCGAAUUUGGCAGUCUGGAGAUGUCCACAGAACAAGUCUGUCGAACCUUGCGAGCCUAUCGCAAGAAACUCAACGGCUCGGCACAGCACCUCCAUGCGCAGAAGGAGCUCGAGCGCGAGCUCAAUCUCACAUUGCGGGCCGUCAGCGCACGCUCUCAAAGUAGCGAUGAAAGCGUUGAGACUGAGACAGACAGCAGCGGCAAAGACCUGGACUGCAAGCCGAGCUAUUCGUCUGUCUCUUCGCGGUCUCCUCAUCUUCCUCGCCACAUGCCCUCGACUCCUUUACUACGCCACAAAGGGAUGCGGCAAGUCUCGAGGAGUCGCUCUUAUGAUGCCAAUGGUGAUGAAUGA